AUGGUCAAGGAAUUACGCGCACUGAGGGAUAAGAUUCAACAACAAAAUAGUCAAUUUGCAGAAAUCCAAACACGUUUAAAUCGACAUGAAACUUUCAUCCAAGCCAGCUACUACCACAACACUCUCACACCUGGCGCCGUCCUGGAUGAGUGGGCCGAUAUCCCACACGACCGACCCGAACGAAAUGUGGCCGUCCACGGCGGAAAUAUCAUCCUUGAUAUUACUUACCGCUAUCACCGACAUGGCAUUGGUCGAUGCUCAACACGCUACCCGGUGGAAGCAGCGACAUUAUAA